AUGUCCAACGUCACGUAUUCGUAUUUCGUCCUGUCUCUGUACGGCCAGCUGGGCGCGGCCAGGUACCUGGCGUUCGCGGCGACCGUGUCGACGUACGCGUUGGCGGUGGCCUCCAACGCGUCUUUGGUGGCGCUGAUCUGCUGGGACGGGGGCCUCCGCGCUCGCCCGAUGUUCGUCCUGGCGGCGUCUCUGUUCGCCAACCAGCUGUUGGGCUCCACGGCGUUCUUCCCGUUCCUGGCGGCGCAGACGCUGAGCUCGUCUCACGCCGUGUCGCCGGCGUCGUGCUUCCUGCAGAUCUUUGCGCUGUACUCGUACGCCCGCGUGGAGUUGUGCACGCUGGCCGCCAUGUCGUACGACCGCUACCUGGCCAUCUGCCGGCCGCUGCGCUACGCAGCCCUGAUGGCGCCGGGCCGGGCCCCGCUGGUCGUCCUCUCGCUGUGGGCGUACUCGAUGGCGUGGGUGGCGGUCGCCGUGGCGAUCACCGCCGGCCGGCCGCUGUGCGGGAACGUCAUCCCCGGCCUGUACUGCCACAACUUCCUGGUGGCGCGACUGCUCUGCGGCGACUCGCGGGCCAGCGACGUCUACGGUCUGGUCGCCACGGCGGCCGCCGUGGUGGCGCCGCUGCUGCCCGUGCUCUACUCGUACGCCAGGAUCCUGGCCGUGGUGUUCUCGGGGCGGCGCCGGGCCCGGCGCAAGGCGCUGGCGACCUGCGUGCCGCACGUGGCCUCCCUGGUCAACUUCUGCUUCGGUUGCACCUUCCAGGUCGUCCGCACGCGCUUCGACGUCGACGCCCUGCCGCACGUCCUGCGCGACUUCCUGUCGCUUUACUUUGUGCUGGUCCAGCCCAUCUUGGACCCGCUGGUCUACGGGGGCCAGAUGACGCAAAUACGACAGGGAUUCGCUAAGUUCCUGCGCGGCCGCGACGGGGUCCGGAGGCCCGAGCGCACCCGAGCCACGGCUGAGACGAAGGACGCGCAGAGGAGAAAAUGA